GACAGCACUAGUUUUAUUUAAAGAGUGAAUGAGGAGAGCGCAGUUUUUCUGCUUUGGAUACUGUUUGAAUCAAAUAUGUCUCACACUGUGACUCUCACCGGUCCCUCGCCGUGGGGUUUUCGUCUGGUGGGUGGACGGGACUUCAGCACACCGCUCACCAUUUCAAAAAUAACACCUGCGAGUAAAGCAGCGCUGGGCAACUUGUGCCCUGGAGACACCAUCCUAGCCAUCAAUGGAGAAAGCACAGAGACCAUGACACACAUGGAGGCUCAGAACCGCAUUAAAGCCUGCACAGAUCAGCUUGUGUUGGCCAUCAGCAGAUCUGGAAAGGUUUGGACUCCAACUGGAAUAGAAGAAAACAAGACAAGUCCAUUCACCGGCACACUGGAGUCUGAGUCACAGACCUUUCGACCAAUCAGCAGUGGCUAUAGCCCCACUCCCAAGAGUCUGUCCCCCAAGAGUCCCAUCACAGGGGGUGUGCCCUACAAUAACGGCAACUCCAGACCUACCUACAACAAUCCAGCUGGCCUGUAUUCACAAAAUAAUGGAAAUGGUGCCCUACCGAAGCAGAUGGCAGGCCUCAACCUGGGCUCCCCCCACAGUUUCAGCCCUGAACUGUCAGUGAAUUCAUCAGGCGACCACAACGGUUUCGACACACAGUCAGAUGUCUACAGGAUGCUUCAGGACUAUGAGGAACCUGUGUCAGCUCCCAAACAAUCUGGCUCCUUUAAAUAUCUGCAGGGAAUCCUGGAAGCUGAGGAUGGGGGGAUCUCACCCGUGGACAGACAUGGUGUCAGAGGCUUGCGUUCCCCUGUCAAAUCCCCCGUGCCAAAGCUGGGCAGCCCCAUAACAGCUCCUCUGGCGCCAAUCCCCGGCUUACAGAAGCUGCCGCUGUGCACACGCUGCGCAAACAGCAUUGUGGGAACCAUCGUGAAGGCCAGAGACAAGCUCUAUCACCCCGACUGCUUCGUGUGUGAUGACUGUGGGCUGAAUCUAAAGCAGAGAGGAUACUUCUUCAUCGAUGAGAAUCUGUAUUGCGAGACGCACGCCAAGGCCCGUGUGCAGCCUCCGGAGGGAUAUGACGUGGUGGCAGUGUAUCCCAACUCCAAAGUGGAACUGGUCUAAGCACACACACACACUCGUAAACCCAAACACACACACACACACACAGGUUAUCCUUGAGGAUUCAGCUUGGUGAAGUGGAAAAUGAGAAUAACAAACUGAAACUUCUUUUUCAGUCCCUGCUCAACUUUAUCCUGGACUCACGUUCUGUAGUUUGUUAACAAAUACUGAAAUAGAGCAUCGCUUAUUCCUAGGUUAGACAGCCUUCCUAACAUUCGUACUGAGCAAUUCUAGUGUUGCUUUAAGAAGAAAGUUUGAAACGCAAGAUAACAGAAUAGACAAAACAACAUGUUCCAGAAGAACAUCUGUUCACCUAAAUUCCAGUGGCACACCAACAAUUUAUUUUUCUGAAAGCUGUGGUGAACUGAGGUGCUCAAAAAGGCCAGGAAGAAUGUCUCGAGCCAUGUGGAAAAUGGAAAUGGUAUUCAUUUAUUCAGAACGUUUGGGACGGUGUUUAUUCUUUAGCUAAGAAGCCAAGACGUGUGGUUUUUUUUUCUAGCUUCCAUCACCAAACCUAGCUUCAUCUUUGCCGUAAACUAAAGAAAAAGAGACUGUAGGAAUGGAAAACUGCAUUUGAUUGGCUCUGAGCAAAAUUAUGCUGUAUCCGUGUUGUAUGUGAAUGUAAUCAGACACGUAAUGGCUUUUCUAAAUGAGUCCGAACACAAUUUCUGUCACAAAUAUGCAUUGCAUUCUUAGAAGAAACUCUACGGACAGUUUUCUCGUUCACUCGGUAAAACAAUCAUUUGAAGAGAAUAUUGCUAAAUGAGGCCACACAUACCACCAUCUUUUAUCUAUUCAGCAUGUUUUCUGUCACAAAUCUAGCUAGCUGAAAAAAAUUGGUUUAAUGGCGCAGACGUUUCUAGAUAACUCUAUCACUCCCCCUUGAGUACUGAUGUUCGUUACCGCCACAGUACUGCAAAAACACACGUUAUGUACAAUAGCUCCACAUGGUUGAAAUGCGUUGGCCAAGCGAUUCUAACUGCGUUUGCAUAUUUGCGUACAGUAUGUGAUUUAAACUAGAUUUAUUUUGAUCGUUUGGAUGACUUCAUGUAAAACGAAACCA